UGAAUUCGGCGAAGCAGAGUCGAUUUGCAGGCCAUGUGUUGUCGUGGCUCCAUCGUAUUUGCGUGCACCAACAGCUGCGAGAAGAUGCAUCUCAGUUGAACACAGUAAAGCCAUAGUAGGCGCAAGAUAUUAGGGCCAAUUGGCUCACGCCAGGGUGGAUCUUAAAACACUAGGAACAUAACGCAUAUCAGCGGUCGACUAACAGCAGCGCUUGGUCGUUAUGUACUGUAUAGGCGAUCUCCAAAAACUCAAAAAUGAUGAACCUGAUCAACUUCAGGCUCAGGAUCACAUUAUCGGACUCGCGCGUUCUGACAGGACAGAUGCUGGCUUUCGACAAGCACAUGAAUCUGGUUCUGGCAGACUGUGAAGAAUUCAGAAAAGUUAAGGCAAAGGCGGGAGCCAAGGCACCUUCAGGACAGGCAGAGCGCGAGGAAAAGAGGACUCUUGGACUUGUCAUCCUCCGCGGCGAAACGAUCGUCAGUUUAAGUGUCGACGGACCACCACCACCAAGUGUUGAAGACCAAAAGGCGCGCAUCUCACAGCUUUCAGCAGGAUCAGGCAUGGCAGCACCGGCAGGACGCGGCAUGCCAGUUAUUCCGGGAGCAGCCCCAGGAUUGACCGGUCCAGUGCGUGGCGUUGGCGGACCAGCCCCGGGAAUGAUGUUACCCCGUGAUCCAACAGCAGCAGCACCCCCAAUGCCAUACGGUCGUGGAAUGCCUCCUCCUGGUGCCAUGUUGCCCCCUGGCAUGCCGCCACCAGGGUUCCGUCCAGCCCCAGGCAUGAUGCCACCGCCCGGUAUGCCCCAUGGCAUGGCCCCUCCAGCUGGCUUCCGACCUAUGGGUCAGCCCGGUGGAGUGGCUCCUCCUGGCUUCCGCCCGCCUCCAGGCAUGCCUCCUGGUAUGCCCCCACCAGGCUUCCAGCCAGGUUUUCCUCCUGGCCCUCCCCCAGGAUUCCAGGGCCCUCCUCCUGGCUUCCGUCCCCCACCUCCUGGAUACCAAAGACCCCCCCAAUAAAGCUGACCAAUUUUGGAGGACUGAACAUACAAAGACCAAAAGACGACCAUUAAUUGUUGUCAUGAAAAUAAUGGAUACUCAGUUGAUUAAAUUCGUCAGUUGGAACUGAGAUCCUUCAAUGUGUCUGG